AAAUCGAAUACAAAUUCCUUCGCUUUCCAGUGGGAUCCGACAAAUCAAGUCGAAACCCCACCACAACAGGCAAUUAGAUCCUCUCUCUCUCUCGCAUCUCCGAAACUCCAGACGCUUGGAGAGGAGACGAAGAAAGACAUCGAUGGCGGCCGAACAGUCCAGAACAUACUGGACCAAGAAUCUCUUAAAUGGAUCUUUGUCGGAGGGAAAGGAGGUGUCGGGAAGACGACUUGCAGUUCCAUACUCUCCAUCCUUCUCUCUAGGGUUCGAUCCUCCGUUCUGAUCAUUUCCACCGACCCAGCUCACAAUCUUAGCGAUGCGUUUCAGUAAUGCUUCACCAAGACGCCCACUUUGGUUAAUGGGUUCUCUAACCUGUUUGCAAUGGAGGUGGAUCCUACAGUAGAAAAUGACGAUAUGACAGGUGCAGAAGGAAUGGACAGCUUGUUUUCUGACCUAGCAAAUGCCAUUCCUGGAAUUGAUGAGGCAAUGAGCUUUGCAGAGAUGCUGAAAUUGGUGCAAACAAUGGAUUAUUCAACCAUCGUGUUUGAUACAGCCCCGACAGGACACACUCUUCGGCUGUUACAGUUUCCUUCUACAUUAGAGAAGGGGCUUUCAAAGUUGAUGUCUUUAAAGAGUAGAUUCGGUGGCUUGAUGAAUCAGCUCAUUCCGGUGAAACUGGUUGGUUAUUGCAGAUGAGCCGUAUGUUUGGCAUUGAGGAUGAGUUUGGUGAAGAUGCUCUCUUAGGGAGACUCGAGGGCUUGAAAGAUGUGAUUGAACAAGUCAACCGACAAUUUAAAGACCCGGAUUUGACGACAUUUGUCUGCAUCUGCAUCCCCGAGUUUUUAUCUCUGUAUGAAACAGAGAGACUCUUUCAAGAACUCACCAAGUUUGAGAUUGACACGCAUAACAUAAUCAUUAACCAAGUAAUAUUCGACGAGGAAGAUGUGGAAUAAAAGUUGCUUAAAGCAAGGAUGCAGAUGCAACAAAAGUACCUAGACCAGUUUUAUAUGCUAUACGAUGGCUUCAACAUCACAAAUCUCCCUCUGCUUCCAGAAGAGUGUUGAAGCCUUGAAGGCGUCCUCUCGUCACUUUGUGACACCAUACCAGCCUCCAACGAGCAGAAGCACAGUAGAAGAGCUCCAACGCAAAAUAAAAACACUGCGUUUGCAGUUGAAAAACGUUGAAGAAGAACUUGAACGAAUCAAGAGUGGCUAAGACAGAGGCUGUCUGAUUUACAGAACUUUGACAUUUCCAUUUCUGGGUUCUCAUGUACUGAACGAAUAAAUCUGUCUUUUCCGUUAUAAUUCUUUGUUGGGUUGGAUACUAUAGGUUAUGUUGAAAGCAUCCUCUAAAAUUGAUAAGA